AUGCAGACUUGGUACAGUCAGUCGUUUAGUCAUUUAGUCAGUCAUUUAGUCUCUUUCUUAAUUUCGAGACCAAGUGAGGGUUACCUUUUAAACUCCCUUCGACACGCAUUUUAAGACUAUAAGUUACUCAAAAUCGGUUUAGUAGUUCGUCUUCUAUUUAUCGCGUCACAGCGAGACAGGCAAAGGGUGUACAUACAUUCAUAAGCCCUGGCUCGGGCUGAAAACUAAUACUUUCAUUCAUAAUGUGAAAUGUAAUGGUCAAGUGAGUGAAUUAGUGAUUAUGUUGCCUAUGGUACGAUUCAUAGUUUAUACUAUCAACAUUGGGCAUACGUAGAUACACCAAAAUGUUAAUGGUAAAUUAAUUGCAAAAAUGUAUAUUUCCUGUUAUCCAUAAAUGUAUUCGUUAAUGCUAGAAAGAGGCAUUGCGUUUAUAGCGUUAGUGACUGAGCUUGAAUGGAAACUGGAACGAGUAACGAGGACAUCGCAAUUAAACCAUUCACGAAAUAGCCCAUCGCGUCAGUCUCAUACAAUCCUCUCUGUACAUGAUGAUUUCCAGAUAUAAAUACUUGCGUAUAUAUGUUUCAUAAUAUAUUUUCAUGUUUGUUUUCUUAUGGCAAAUGAUCUAAAAUUGGGGGAAGGCAAGAAUGAGGAUGUUGGUGUUUUAUCAAUGCAAAGUUUAACUCAGGUUAUUUAACGUAGUAACUCAGCUUUCUCCAUACUAGUCCUAAGCUUUACACAACGAAUUGAAGAACAUUGUGACGCCAAGCGGAGCCAGAAGUCGAGAAUAAUUCAUGCAAAGUAAUUGUUGGUGAAUUGACCCUGAAUUGAAGUUAAUAAUAUGGUUCUACAUUUACACUGGGUCAUACAAUGCACAGUAGACAAACAGUGCACGUUGAAACAAAAUAAUAGACAAACAAACAGUGUCAUUGAUUAAGUCAGGGCCACCAGUUUUAACGUGGAAUUCGGAAUAUUUUUUAAAUCUUUCACCAUUUCACCACGAUAAACAGUUUAAGGAUUAGCUGAUGGCAGUUUCGUUGUUUAUGUAGGUCUGCGCGUGGAGAAUACGAAAGUUUGUUGUGACACCAUUCAAUCGAUCGGUGACUGUUUGUAUUGUAUAGUUUAUUAGGUUUGACGUGUUCGGCAGAACAUGACAAUAUCCAUUAAAGGUUUUGUAAUUUUAUUGAUUUAAAAAAUAAAUAAACUGGAGCCUUGGAUAUCAUAUUGUAUUGUAUUCAAAAUGAGUUAGCAUUAAACCAACGUAAAUAUCCUAUUAAAUCCUACUUCCUGUCGUUAAAAAUUGCCAAGUGAUAUUUUCUAUGCUAUUGUUGGAUCGAAGGGAACAAGUUACGACAAUGUUCUCGCUGCAAUUUGCAUAUGUAAUUUGCAUAUGUGGCGCAUUGUCAGCAACGUCAACGCAUUCUUUAACUAGACGCCAAAGUAUUACUCUCUGGACUCGAAGCAACACAAAUGGACUCCUUCAAAGCGCUCUCACUCGUCCUGCGGCAGCUGCUGGAAUAAAUGAAAUUGGGGGAAAUGGAAAUAGAAACAAGAAAUCCACGAUUCCUGAUGCGAGACCCCUUUUUGAAGAGAGACUAUUUGUAAGCCCGACAGUAGAGUCUGUGAUUGAGGAUGUUUCUUCCAGAAUUUCGGAUCCAAGUCUUCGACAAAUUUUCCGAAACUGCUUGCCUAGCACAUUAGAUACGACGGUUUUAUGGCACAGACCAAGAGGUGCUGAUUAUAACUUUCCGUACACCUACAUAAUCACUGGAGACAUUGCUUCGAUGUGGCUACGAGAUUCGACGUACCAAAUUCAUCCUUAUGUCCCUCUCGCCAAAGAUGAUGACCAACUUCGCGAACUGGUGCUUGGAGUAAUUAACACGCAGGCGGAGAUGAUAAAUAUUUAUCCAUUUGGAAAUGCUUAUUUUCCUCUCGACCAUUGGAAUUCCAACAUUUCUCUAUCGCCACCCGAUUUCGGAAAAGAUGAUCAAGUUUUUCCUUACUACAAUAGGGAGAAAGUGUUUGAAGCGAAAUAUGAGCUGGACAGUUUGGCAUCUUUUCUAUAUUUGACGAAGUACUAUUUUGAGGAAACAGGAAACUCAGACUUCUUGGAUAAUCCAAAUUGGGAAAACGCCACACGACUUGUUCUUAGCACCAUGAAAUUGAUGCAGAGAGGAACGCUUGAAAAUUACCGUGCUGAUCCGUACAAAUUCACACGCCCAACGAGAACACAUACAGAAACACAGAAUUUAUACGGAAUAGGAAACCCAGCAAUGCGAUGUGGGCUCAUUCGAUCUUUCUUUAGGCCGUCGGACGAUUCUACUAUUUUGCAAUAUCUAGUACCUUCCAAUGCAAUGGCGGUUGUAGGAUUGUACGGUGUUUCCUACGUGCUUGACAGCACCGGUCGAUUUCCUGAGCUAUCAGAAGAUCUGAAGGUUCUUGCGAACGAAGUGGAUACAGCGAUCAAGAAACAAGCCAUUGUUCAUCAUCCGGAAUUUGGACGCGUCUUCGCCUAUGAGGUGGACUGCUAUGGCUCGCAUGUAUUUAUGGAUGACGCAAACUUUCCAUCACUGUUAUCUCUUCCUAAAUUUGGAUAUGUAGCCAAAGACGAUCCGAUCUAUAUCAACACAAGGAAAUACAUUUUAUCGGCGGACUGGAAUCCAUAUUACACAAAGGGAAAAUACGCCGGUGUUGGAUCUCCUCACACAGGAUUGCAACAAACAUGGCACAUGUCCUUGUGCAUGCAGGGCAUGACUAGCACAGAUGAGUUCGAAAUACAUAAAAUGCUAUGGACUUUACGCAACACAACUGCUAAUACGGGACUGAUGCACGAGUCAUUUUAUUGUAAUGACCCGGAGACAUUCACGAGGAGAUUUUUUGCUUGGGCCAACACGGUGUUUGGCGAAUUUAUAAUUUAUUUGGACCGGGAGUAUCCUCAUCUUUUACAAGGACAUGGCCCCCGAUAUUCCAGAAAUGGAUAACAAUUAUCUGUAGGAAACAAAAAACCAUAUGCAGGGUUCGGAAAAACCCAGGGUUUUAAUCAAAAAUUAUAAAACCCAUGGGUUUUAAUGGGUUUUACCAUGUUAAUUGGGUUUUAUUUGGGUUUUAAUGGGUUUUAAUGGGUUUUAUUGGGUUUA